AUGUUAGGGCUGGGCCCACAGGUACAGAGGGUACACAAAGCCGCACAGACACAGACAACGGUUCUUUCCCAGCAGUUGAGUUUACUGAACAAUGUAGUGAACAAGAAGCUGAGAAUAUAUAAAACAGAUUGGUACACAGAGAAUAAACCAACAGUGCCUCCAUCAAUUUGCAAUGAACCUUGUAAACCUGGGUACAGGAAGGCAAAGAGAGAAGGGGAAGCUUCAUGUUGUUACGACUGUGUCCAAUGCACCAAGGGUGAAAUGUCCAACACAACAGACUCCCAGAGCUGCUUGGAAUGUUCCAGAUAUGAAAACUCAAAUAUUAAUAGAACCAAUUGUGUACCCAAAGAUGUUAAUUUUCUUUCAUAUGGAGACAUUUUAGGAGCAACAUUGACCAGUGUCUCAUUACUAUUUGCUAUCAUGACAAGUGUGAUUCUUGGAAUUUUUUUGAAAUACCGAGAGACUCCAAUAGUGAAAGCCAAUAAUCGGAACCUCAGCUAUGGUCUCCUCAUUUCCAUCACACUUUGCUUCAUGUGCACAUUGCUGUUCAUCGGUCGGCCAUCACAGAUUCGUUGUCUCCUCAGACAAGCUGCAUUUGGAGUUGUCUUCACAGUCUCUGUUUCUUCUGUAUUGGCUAAAACUCUGACGGUUAUCAUUGCUUUCAAGGCUACACAGCCCGGGAGCAGGAUUAAGAAACUCUUAGGAAGGAGAUUUUCCAUGUCACUGGUUUUCCUCUGUUCCAUGGGUGAAAUUCUAUUAUCAGCCAUAUGGGUCAUGUUAUAUCCACCAUAUCUAGAUGUAGACACAGAAACGGACACUAUUCUCUUGUUGUGUAAUGAAGGGUCAUCUAUUUUCUUCUUUUUGGUGAUCGGCUACAUUGGUUUGUUGGCUCUGAUUUGUCUUGGGACAGCAUUUGUGGCCAAGGAUUUUCCAGAUCGUUUUAAUGAAGCCAAGAACAUAACUUUUAGUAUAAUCAUAUUCAGCAGUGUGUGGGUUACAUUUGUCCUUACUUAUCUCAGUGUGAAGGGGAAGAAUAUGGUAGCUGUGGAGAUCUUUGCUAUCUUGACCUCCAGUGUUGGAUUAAUGAUUUCAAUUUUCUUGCCUAAGUGUUAUAUAUUAGCCCUACCCCCGAAUAAUAAUACA